GGAAAGAGAGGGAGAGAGAGAGAGAGAGAGAGAUACGGAAGACCAGGGGUUGUUUUGGUUGCGGAGGAGCCGGACGUGGAGGAAACGGCGGAGGUCUCUGAUGAGGGAAAGCCGAACAGGAGAGCAGACACACGGCCAGAGCACCAGACAUGAGUCCGAGAUAUCUCUCGUUGCAGGUGGCGGACUGAAGACGAUGCUGGAUGCCAUGGACGUUCCAAGUCAUGCUAGGGAUCUCCUCCUGCAGCUCAACAGCCAGCGCACCAAGGGCUUCCUGUGUGAUGUCAUCAUUGUGGUGCAGAACGCCCUCUUCAGGGCUCACAAGAACAUUUUGGCCGCCAGCAGCCUCUACUUGAAAUCGCUGGUGGUCCAUGACAAUCUCAUCAACCUCGACCACGAGAUGGUGAGUCCAGGCGUGUUCAGGGUCAUUCUGGACUACAUCUACACAGGCCGCCUAACUGAGGGAGACCCCACUUCUCCAACUGAACCCAACCUGGGGGCCGUCCUGGCCGCAGCCAGCUACCUUCAGCUGCUUGACUUAGUGGCGUUGUGCAAAAAGAAGCUGAAAAGACAUGGCAAGUACCCGCCGCGCCUGGGCCCUGCUUUCCUGCCCUAUCCGAAGAUGGGACCAAACAGCAUGGGGUUAGGGAGCGGUGGCAGGUACAGAGUUUCCACUCCAGUCAUUCAACCCUGCCCUCCAGGAGGAAUUUUGAAUAGCCAUGCACCCCGGGCACCACCACUAGAGGAGCUAAUUCCCCAUCGAUUAGCCAUCCAUGCUGGGGAGUUGUAUGCUCCCACCUCCGCCCAGGGCUCUCAGGUGUUCCCGUCCCUGCAGUCGGCUUUGCCUGCCCAACUCGGGCGUUCAGCCCAUCCCGACAGGAACUGCUCCCCCAGCUAUGGCCUUGAUCUCUCCAAGAAAAGCCCCAACUCCCAGUCUCAGCACAUUCACUCCCAUCUGGCAAACAGUCACAACGAUGAGGAGCGAGACGGGACUCUGAGCGGCCGCACUAGUCCCAUGCACGGGAUGAACGGCAGGAUCUUCCCCUCUGAGAAAAUGGAGUCCACCGACCAAGCAAGCUCCCUCACUCCUCCACCUUUUUCCCAUCUCAACCAGUCCCUUGGCCCCCAUCAUCCCCUCCUGCACCGCUCAGGCACCCAGGGCACAGAUCGCUACCCGUGCCCCCCCAGCCCUGACACUCCCACGGAAGGUGGCGAGGCCGGCAGGGAAAUGGGCAACAUCUACCGCUGGGUGAAACACGAGCCACUGUCAUAUACAGCUGAAGACGAAGAUGAGGACGAGGAUGAGGAGGAGGGGGGUGAAAACGGACACCAGCAUCACAACCACCACAAGGUUGGGGAGGAGAGUGAAGGAGCAGAUGACAAGAGCGGGUCUGGCACAGAGGAGACGGGGAGCAGUGAAGGCCGCCCCUCCCCUACCGGACCGAUGGGGAGGUUCCACAUGCCGUACGAGCCGGAGAGCUUCGGGGACAAUCUGUACGUCUGCAUUCCCUGUGACAAAGGCUUCCCGAGCUCAGAGCAGCUCAAUGCACACGUGGAGACGCACACAGAGGAGGAGCUGUACGGCAACUCCGGCGGGGAGAUGGGGAACAGCAAUAACAGCAGCACCAAAAACACCAGUGGCAACACAAACGGCUACGGGAGCCUGAACAGCAGCAGCAGCUUGAACAGUCUGUCCCACCUGGAGUCCAAGUCCAGACAGGGGCUGAACUCCGGUGUCCUCGGGGAGAUGAUGCGACCCUACCGCUGUUCCAACUGCGAGAAGUCCUACAAAGACCCGGCCACUCUGCGGCAGCACGAGAAAACCCACUGGCUGACGCGGCCGUACCCUUGCAGCAUCUGUGGCAAGAAGUUCACGCAGCGUGGAACCAUGACGCGCCACAUGCGCAGCCACCUGGGCCUCAAACCCUUCGCCUGCGACUCCUGCGGCAUGCGCUUCACUCGCCAGUACCGCCUCACCGAGCACAUGCGCAUCCACUCCGGGGAGAAGCCCUACGAAUGUCAGGUGUGCGGCGGGAAGUUCGCCCAGCAGCGCAACCUCAUCAGCCACAUGAAGAUGCACAGCAGCGGAGGGACCGCCGGGGGCCUGACCGCGGACCUGAAACUGAAGCUGGACUUUGCAGAGGGCAUCUAUCCGCUGAGUAAAUACACAGCAGAGCACCUCGGGCUGAAGCAGGAGAAGGCCAAUGAACUUCACAUCCAGGCUCAGCAGCUGGUGGCGGACGGAAAGGCCUUGGAGAGCCUCUACCCGCUGUCCAAGCUGGCCGCGGAGCACCUGGGCCUCACCCACGACAAGAUGGACGUCCUGGGCCAACCCCUGCCCGCGCUCUCACAGGCCCUGGAAGCCCGCAGCAUUGACCGCUACUCACCCAGCUAAGACAUGUGACCUGUCGCCAAUAGGUCUGUGUGCACACACAACUUGCAGUAUUCUAAAGCCAUUCACCUCAGUAUCCUCCUCUGCACCUCAGACUCAGGCCAAAAGAAACUGGUCUGCCAAUGCACAGCAAAACAUUUAGACUGUCAGUGCCUUUCUAUGCAUCUAAUGUAUCUUAAAGUCCUCCUUCAUAAAGGAAGUCUGUGCUAUUCCAUGACCAAGAGACACUCACUCAAAGAAGUACAGUAUUUAUGUACAGCGUAUAUAUGCAAACAAACAUUUCUUCUUUUUUUCUUUUCUUUUAUUUCAGCCAUUGAGCCAAAGUUACGAAUUGAAAAACCAAAAAUGAAAUUGUUUUAUUUAUUUUUGUACCACGAUGAAAUCCAAAGAGAAACUGUUGCAAGGAAACAUUGCAAUCAGACCCUAAACCUGUGUACUAUUGAUUCUCAUCUGUGUACAAGAAAUGACAAAAAAAAAAAAAAAGCACAUAAGGAAAAGAUCCAGGGUUUGUGUCCAGACCUGAGCGGAACUUUUAUCAAAUGAAUAAACCAGCUCUCCUGGACUUUAAAGUAAUGGGAGAAUAUAUAUAUAUUUUUCUUCUUGUUUUUUUUUUUCUACUUCUCUGUUUGUUGGGGUACUGGACAAUGUAUGUAUCUGACCCUCCAGCUUCUCCCCACCAUGUUCCCCUGCCUCCCGAGGAAAGAGCUCAACAAUAAGAGCAAUCGCUUCAGCAUUUUCAGAAAAGUCUCCUCUUCUCUGUUUUGACCACAUGUUUUUUUAAAGUAACCCACUCCCCUUCAUAUGUGUGUGUACACGCUCACGCUCUGUGACAGCAGCGGUAGCUUCAGCAGCCGUACACUCGGAGCGUAAACCCUCCCCGAGCUAAAACUUCCUCCUCAUCUUGACUGACUUCCCACAGCUCUCACUUGUUAUUGAGACGCAGCGAGCACGGCCCUGUGAUCUCAUAGCUGGGACAUGAUUGCACAUACCCGACGGAUGACACACUAAUCCUUCGCAUCUCGUGGCGUAUACGACGCAUGGGUGUUGCCUCUGACAUUGUGUAAUAUUUGCAAGUUACGGAUGCAGCUGAGGCUAGGACCCGGGUCACGAGUUAAUGACACGGAGAUCUGUCAAGAGCAAUUACUCCUCUCGCGGCAGCGUGAUGAUUAACGGUGGAGCGGCAGUAGUCGAAUGCCGGUGUACCAGGCCACAGUAUACCCCCAGGCCGGACUCUACACGGGGUUAAAGUGGCCUAGGCUAGAUUAUACCUCGAUUUCAUACCCCUCAGGCCAGAUCAUACCCCCAUGAUAUCAGUAGUGUUGAAUGAUAUACACAAAAAUUACUUAAUUUUUCAACAUUUUAUUUGGGGUUCAGCUUUGUCAGGUAAAUUAAGGGAGAAAGCUAACUAACUUAUGGCCAUAUUUACUCCUUUCCUUCCCUUCUCUACAACUGCAUAAUAGACUAGCUUGCAGUACAUAAAUUGUGGAUACAAUUAGUCUCUGAGAUAUAUACAGAUCUCCUAGUAUAUGCCUACAGCUGAAUUCCAAUUAAUGCAGUGUAAAUUAUCAUUAAAAUAUAAGAGAAUAUCAAGCCUAGAUUUUGAAGAUUCAAAUGCUUUGAUUGCACAAUACAACUACUGUGCCUACCUGACCUUAGAGCUAAACCAACCACAUAUCAACCAUGUAUAGUUUUACCUUGAACAGUUUAUCCCCUGGUGUAUACUCUGGCCUGGAGGGGUAUAGUAUGGCCUAGGCCAGUUUAUCCCCCGGGGUAUACUCUGGCCCGGGCCAAAGUAUACCCGGGUUUAACUUGGGCGGGGUUAAUUUGGCCUGUUACACCGGGGCUGGACGCCGCUCUGAUCCACUGUCCGACCUCCCAUCUGACCUCCCUCCCCCUGUAAGUCUCCUGUCUGGGAGCCCUGCUACUGUUGACAGGCCAGAGUCAAUGCUGUUCCCCGGCCCUUUGACUUUAAAAGUGAUCCACACGACACACACACAUAGAGAGAGAGCUGCUAAUCUGUCAGUCAAAUGAAAAUGAGACGGGGGGGGGGUUUGUGUGUCCUCCCUGGAAGCCGACGGGUGAGCAGCACUCCCCAGCUGCCGCGGCUCAGUAAUCCCUGUGAAAUCUCCACUUUCUCCUGGACAAUUCGCACUGCUCGCCAGCAUGAUGUCCCAUUUCAUGCCUGCCAUCUCACCCCCUCUGAUCCACUUAUUAA